AUGAAAAGAAAAAGGCAGGAAGGGAGAGCGUCCCAACCGGAGAAAAAACAGAAAAUUUUGGAGGAACCUAUUCACGGUCCUCGACCUAUCGUUAGUCAGUUCCUUUGUUUUGCGGAAAAAUGUUUACCUUGUAAGGUGUUGUUGGAUACUGGUGCAACUGGUCCUGUUUUGUCUGCUGUUUUUGUUGAUAGUUUUGAGGUCCCGAAGGUGAAACGAGACGUCCCGGCCCGGGUAUUUGGAUUUACGGGAGAAGUUAUGAAAGGCACGGGACACGCCUUUACACAACCAUUAAUUAUAAUUUCAAGGGGGCAUCAAACACAGUUAUCAUUCGAGAUCGCCCCUCUCCCACUUGGCAUCGAUGCAAUAUUACCGAACUGGUGGUUGAAAGAACAUAAGCCGGUUAUAGGAGCAAAUGGGGAAGUUUCCUUGUAA